CGUUUCGAAAAACGUAACAAUGUAAUAAAAGAGUUAACGUUUAGUGCUGAAGUAGUCGUAUAAUCGCCUUUCAGUUAACAGAAUACGAAGUGAAUCAAUAUUAGAAGCAGCGGUUUAAAAGUAUGGAGGCGAGAGAACCGAAGAAAAUACGAGCCAGGGAGCUCCCUCCUCUUCCUCCGCGGGAGCAGCGAACACUUCCCACCAUGCUAAGUCAAGACAUAGCUGGAGAAGUACCAGCGUCAAAGCAGAAGAAGAAAAAGGCGAAGAGAGAAACACAUGAAAUGGAAGAUGUGGAUGAUCAAGGGAUGGAGAUGGGAGGACUGGACAGUCGAAGGACAUCUUUGGAGAUUGGAGACCCAGUUAACUCUGAACCCACAAUAGACCCACCUCCGCAGAGAAGGAAGAAAAAAAAGAAAACUUUUACUUCAGAUAUUGAAGAUGACAAAACUGAUUUGGUAAAUGGUGACAUAAUGUAUCAGACCAGAGAAACAGAGGAAGUGGUUCGAAAACCCAGAAAGAAAAAAAAGUCAAAGGUCAUUGAACAGCUUCCUGAUGAGCUGGAUGUAGAAGAAGAUGAUAUUAUCUCAGACAUCCCACCUGUUGUCCCUCAGCAGUCUUUGUUCUCUGCCCCUCAGGGUCAGAGUCAGCCUGUCAGGAAGGUCUUUGUAGAGAGGAAUAAGCAUUUUCAAGCAGCAGAGCGCUCAGACUGGAGGAAAACAAGUGACCAGAUGUAUAACAUAACAGAAAUCCAGCACAUGCACCCAAUCUGGACCACUAGAGACAUUUCUAUCAGGGUACAUGAAGGAUUCAGGGUGUUUGGUCUGUACUGUCAUGGGUUCCUGGCAGGCUAUGCUGUGUGGAACGUGGUGGUGGUAUACAUGUUAGCAGGGCAGCAACUCACCAGCCUGUCCAACCUCCUGGAGCAGUACCAAAAUCUGGCUUAUCCCUCACAGUCUUUGCUCUACCUGCUGCUCGCCAUUAGCACCGUGGCUGCUUUUGACAGAGUGAAUCUAGCUAAAGGUUCUGUGGCUCUACGAGAGUUCAUCACACUCGACCUUGUGGCUCUUGCCUCUUUCUUAUAUUUCUCAGCACUGGUCCUGUGCUUGAGCCAACAAAUGACCAGUGAUCGGAUCAACCUUUAUUCAUCUUUUAAUUCAACAUUAUGGUCUCCAGGGUCAGAGCAUCAGAUUCUACAUUCAUGGGUGACUGUGAACCUGGUGGUGGCUCUACUCGUGGGCCUGGCCUGGAUCUUCAUUGCCACCCGAGCUGACACAGAUUACACAGAGGGUCACCUGUUGGCCAUGGAGAUUGAGCCUAUUAAGCCAGAGGACAAACUAGAACUAAACACCUAAACACCACAGAAGAAAACACUACAUAUAUUCUUUGACAAUACUGCAUUGUUGUCAUUUUGCACAUAUUUUGGCAGUGAACUAUGACUAUGUUGUUGGUGUGCUGUUUAAUAUUUUUUCAUCCAUCCAUCCUUUAUUAAAUACAAAAUUAAAUACA